GCCUGCAGUAUUCUUACAGCGGUCCAAACAAGAUGGCGGCGUAGUUGCGUCUUUUCGCAAAGUUGAAAACACAGGAAAUCUACGAAAUGGAAGCGAUUGAUGGCGAAGAAGAAGCUCACGAUGCAAAGAGGGCCAAAUCAUGCGCUGGUUUACGCAGCGAAUUGAAGGAAUGCAUCUUGAAAAGCGACUGCGUUGUCAAGCAUGGUAUGCGACCAAGUGAAUGCUUAAAGGCAGAGUCCGCAGGAGUGGAGGAUGAUUGUAGGAGAGUGCAAUAUGCUUUUUUUGAGUGCAAGAGAUCAUUGCUUGAUUUCAGAAACAGAUUCAGAGGGCGAAAAGGAUAUUGAAAAUGGAGAAAUCCAUGAAAAUAAAACAGCAGUAAAGAAUCAGUUAGACUUUCUGUGAUCCUCUGGUUUUGUUUGUUUUGGAAAUGUCUUGAGACUUUUUACAGAGAUUGUCUGCUGGAAUCCAUUUAAGAAUAUCCUUGAAUUUUAAAGUAGGAUCUGCUAAUACAUAGUCUGAAUGUUAUAAAGCUGUUUAACAGACAAUAUAUGUAAAAUAAAUAUUGAUAAGAGCAA